CAACUGUCAUUUGUGACAGCUGUGUAUUUAGUAAUAACGCGUAAAGGUAUUUUUUUAUUAUUGCAAUUUAAUAAAAUAAAUAUAUUGUUUUUACUGAAAAUUUUAAAUAAAACUUAAACAUUUUGAGCCUCCCUCCUCUCACUACACCACAAACGUACUGAGCAGCUUUAAACGGGAGCAGAGAGUGAGACAACAAAAGUAAAUUUAGGGAAUAAAAUAGAGUAAAACUUAAUUAAAAUUUUUAUAAAACACACAACAACCAAGGCCAUUUUAUUAGAGCAUUUUUUGUGUGUGAUUGCCGUACGUCUGUCUUUUAGCAUUUUGGCAAUAGUGAGCUAAAAACACGCUUAACCAUGGCCACUUAUUCGACAAACAGUGAAGGAAAAUUUAUACCAGCCACCCAAAGACCAGAUGGUACCUGGCGCAAGGCACGAAGGGUAAAAGAAGGUUAUGUGCCGCAGGAGGAAGUGCCGCUAUACGAAAGUAAAGGUAAACAAUUUGCCCAACGAAAAGCCACUGGAUUGCCUCCGGGUUUAUGUCCUGAGGUGGUGGAGGCGGCCAAAAGAGAACGUGAGAAAAAAGAACGAGCUAAAGCCAAAAAAGAGGCUGCUGCUUUGGCUGCCAAACAACAACAACAAAUACCUGGAGUACUCAAACUACCCGCCAAUGUUAAUGUAACUAAACCUACCAUGAAUGGUCAGAAAACCAAAGCUUCCCCUGCCGCAGCUGCGGCUAAUAAACAAACCAAUAACACUACAGCUACAACAACAACAAAAUCUCUAGAAGCUUUAAGCCAAAAUCUGGCCGAUAAUCUUAAUAUCGAAGAAGACUCUCAGGAGCUGCAAAAGAAAUGCAAAAAACUUAAUAAGAAACUGCGUGAAAUCGAGGAAAUCGAAAAGAAACUUAAAAGUGGUGCUCUCAAGAAACCCGAAAAAGAUCAAUUGGACAAGGUGGGGCGUAAAAAAGAAAUCGAAAAGGAACUUAAAAAACUACUAGCCAUUUUAGUGGAAACUAAAGGUCCAGAGGCCAUAGAAGGUCUAACACCUAACAGCAGUUGUUAAAUAGUGCCAUUCAUUACUAAGAAUUUGCUGUUGUGUAAUUAGAAGUUUCCUUUUUUUAGGUUUUUUUUUUCUUUUUAAUUUGUUCCUUUUUUUAAUUUCUUUAUUAAUAAUUUGUUUUUAUUUUAAGUUGGCUUAAAAAGUUUAGUUUAUGCUUUAAUUAAGUUUUUAAUUAUUUUUAAUGGUUUUAACUUUAAAUUUAACUUGUAGCAAACUGUCUGCCUGCCUAAAAAAAACAUUUUAAAAAUCAUACAAUUCCAACCAAAAAAAAGAAGAAAAUAAAUCAUAAUUGUAAUAAAUAUUGUUUUAAAUUUUAUACAAUUUUCAAAAUUGUUAAUUAUUUUGUUUUAAACAUUUUACUUUUUUAACUACAAACCAUUUUUGAAAAAUGAUUUAUGUUUUAGAAAUUAUAGUUUUAGUGUUAAAGAUAUUGUUUUUCUAUUAAGAUGAUUUUAAAAAUAUCAAACAAAAGCAAUUUUAAUUUGUGAAAAAAAGGAAAAAAAAUAUAUAUAUUUAAUAAAA